AGUGAAAACAGCCUACUCCCUCCCCGAUGGAGAAGCCCUAAUGAGCGGUGUGAUUUAGAGCACCAGAGCUGAACACUGUGCAGAUUUCAUGCUGCAGCUGAUUGAGCGUGUGUGUUCGUUGAAGCUCCUUGUGUUGACGGCGCGCUGUCGGUGAGGAUGCUGCUCCGGAGAUGCUGAUGACGGCUCGAUGACAGCGCUCGACUCCCUGGAUGGAUCUUGCAGCUUUGGGAUCAUUACAGCGAUAAGUCGGUCAACAUCCGUCCAAUUUGAAUUAGGACACGUGAGCAGCGACAUGUUAUGAACCGAGGAACAGCUUUGGUUGGGGGAAUGGGGCCACCGAAAAGACCAAAGCGAACUCGUCUCUUUUUCCGUUUGUGCAUCUGCGGAAUCGGGCUCCUCACAGCCGCCCUAACCGUGGAUGUUACAGGGUUGUCUGUAGUGCGUAAUGAAAAUGGAAAUAUCCUUUGGACGAAAAGAAGCCUUUAUGAAGAGAAAAGUGCCGGUAAUAAGACUCUGAGUGGCCUAUCUAAAUCUGCUAUUACAGAGUUUCCAGAUGACAUCUUUUCUUUGGAGCAGCGGCGUCAUGGAGCUGUAAUGCUUCAUGUUCUCUGUGCUAUUUACAUGUUUCAUGCUCUGGCCAUUGUGUGCGACAUUUACUUUGUUCCAUCUCUGGAAAAAAUAUCAGUGAAUCUUAAUCUUAGUGAAGAUGUUGCCGGGGCGACCUUCAUGGCGGCUGGGAGUUCUGCCCCUGAGCUGUUUACCUCUUUGAUUGGAGUAUUUAUCACAAAAGGAGAUGUAGGUGUGGGAACCAUUGUCGGGUCAGCAGUUUUUAAUGUCCUGGUGAUCAUCGGUCUCUGUGGCAUUUUUGCUGGGCAGCCUAUUUCUCUAAGCUGGUGGCCUUUAUUUCGAGAUUCUAUCUUCUACAUUUUGUCGAUAAUUGUGCUCAUCUUGGUGAUUUAUGAUGAAAAGGUUCUGUGGUGGGAAACAAUUAUUCUCAUUAGUAUGUAUGGAAUUUACAUAAUAAUCAUGAAGUUCAACAGGUCGCUGUGUAACUUGGUUGAGAGUCACUGCAGCUUGGGUCAGCCAUGUCUCAGCAAUUUGAGACGAACAACUGCUGUUGGAAAUAUAGGAGAUUGUGACAAUGACAUGGUGCCACUAAAGCCAGACUCAUGUGUGGUGGCCAGCCAGGACACUGGGGUGGUAAUGGUCGAUGAGCUUCUGAACCUGCACCCUCACCAGCUCUCUUUUUCAGAGGCAAGCCUUCGUCUUCUCAUCACCCCGCAUUUUCCCCCCUUCACCCGCCUGCGCAUGGCAGGACGCAUGGUCAUCAGCGAGCGGCAGAGGCUGAUUCAGGCUCGAGGUGGACACGAAGAAGGAACUGCAGCAGGUAAGGAGGGAGGGAGCAGGCCGUGGGGCCAAGACAACGGAACAGUGACUGAGAGAGAUGGACAAACUUUAGAGUGUGACACCAUCAAAGAAGAGAGUGGAGAGACACCAGGGGCUGCAGAAAUUAAAGAGGAAGAAGAAGAUGAAGAAGAGCAGGAGGGAGGAGAGGACCAACAUUCUGCAUUAAAUCCAUUCUGUUUUCCUAGUGGCUUGUGUGAGCGCCUGAAGUGGCUGCUGUCGUGGCCAGUGACUUUCUUGCUGUUUUUCACUGUACCCAACUGCAACAAGUCCCGCUGGGAGCGCUGGUACCUGCUGACAUUUUUGUCCUCCACUCUGUGGAUAGCCCUAUUUUCCUACCUCAUGGUCUGGAUGGUGACCAUCAUCAGUUAUACAUUGGGAAUCCCUGAGGUCCUUAUGGGCAUCACCUUUUUGGCAGCUGGCACCAGUGUGCCUGACUGUAUGGCAAGCUUAAUUGUUGCAAGACAAGGUAUGGGGGACAUGGCUGUCUCAAACUCCAUCGGCAGUAACAUCUUUGACGUACUGCUGGGACUGGGUUUCCCUUGGGCACUGAGAACUCUCAUAGUCAGCUACGGAUCCGUGGUGAAAAUAAACAGCAAAGGGCUAGUUUACUCAGUGAUACUGCUGCUGGCCUCUGUCACUCUUACUGUCCUGUGCGUCCAUUUAAACCAUUGGAAGCUGGACCGGAAGCUUGGGCUCUGUCUAAUGUUGCUUUAUGCCAUUUUCCUUCUUUGCUCUAUUGGCUUUGAAAGGCUGUAAAGGACAAACAUAUUUGUAAAUUUAAAAAUCUUUAAGACAUGUUUACUCAGGCACUCUGGGUAGCAGAAUUUGUCUUUCAGUCACAGCUUCUUGGAUAUUUCAGUAAAUACAGAUGUUUUGUUUAUUCUAAACCUUGUGGUGACUUAAAAGUGACCGUUUUCCUACAUAUGUGCGCAUGUGCUACUUUGAUUUUGUGAAAAUCUU